GGGCAGGGUGAUGCAGGAGCUGCAGCAGCAUCUCUGACACAUAGUGUAGCGUGACAAACGCAGACGGAAAAGGCAGGAGGAAGGAAGGAAGGAAGGAAGGAAGGAAGGAAAGAAGGAAGGAAGGAAGGAAGGAGGAGGAGAAGGAGGGACGGAAGGAGGAAGAGAGACAACUCUGUCCCCCCCAAAAGAAGGAGGUUGGUGGACAGGAGAAGGGAGGAAAGUGUAGAAGAGCAGCAGAGGGUGUUGCAGCCAUGAUGUCGGACACACCUUUGCAGAGGAAUGGCACGGCAACAAUACGGAUGUCGUGCGAGGAGGCUCAGCUCCACAAGGAGAGGUUGCAGGCAUUGGCGGAAAAGCGAAAACGUCAAACUGAAAUCGAGGACAAGCGAAGCCAGCUCGAUGAUUUGGUUUUACAGCUGCAACAUGUCAAGUCCAAAGCCAAGCGGGAGCGAUGGCUCCUCCAGGGAGUGGCAGCGGAGGAAGAAGAGGCUCGGAGACAACAGUUGGACCAGGAUGAAGAACACGGCAAGAACCUGGAAGACAUGAUUCACAGGCUUGAGUCAGAAAUCAGCCGACUUGAGAGUGAAGAGUCUCAGAUCUCAGCUAAAGAACAAGUUCUCCGAGAACGCUUGAAGAAGACCGAGCGUUCAAUUGAGGACCUGCAGAAGAGUCUGAUGGUGCAUGAUGGAGAGACCACCGGCUGGCCGUCCGCUCCUCUGUCGGACCACACGGACCUCCAUCAGCCCCACCACCUCAUCUCCACCUCGCUGCCCCACACCAGCACACCUGUGCCUGGGGAGAAGGCUGCUGGCACACCUGCAGCCAUGUUUGCGAUGGAGACGCAGGUGCAGCGUGACCCUCACAGCGUCCUGUCGGCCAAUGGCGUGAGUCGCUCCUCAGAGGCGGGGGCCCGCGGCGUCAAAGUCUACGACGACGGCAGGAAGGUGGUGUACCAAGUCUCCUCCGCCGGUGGCGUUUCCACCAGCUCCUUGGAGAACGGCUGGAGCUCCUCGCAGGUGGAGCAUCUCCUCCAUCGAGCAUCCGGAGCGCUGGGCGACACCAAGGGUCAAGUGUCGGUGACCCCUGCCGACCCCUGCAUGUCACCAGCAGACGGCAAGGAUCUGUCCCCGCCUUCCUGCGCUCCGCCAUCCAUCCCGUCGAGCCCGCCCGCCCAGGUGGAGACCGGACCGGGCAUGAUGGCGCCAUGCCAGGUUCCCAUCACCACGCAGCCCGGCCCCUCGCAGCUAAGCCCCACCCCCUCGCAGCCAGUCACCAUGGUGUUCCUGGGCUACCAGGACCUGGAGGACACCAGCGAGAGCAGGCGACUGCUGGGCUUGUUGGACGCCACGGUGAAGGCGGAGGUGGUCCUCAUCGACGAAGACGACGAGAAGUCUCUGAGGGAGAAGACGGUCACCGACAUGUCCCUCCUGGACGGCACCGCCGCCGACCUGGUGUCUGGGCGGCCCGCCACGUCUGAGGCCGCCAGCACGGAACUCUCGUCUGACAGCGCCGCCUCGCCCCCUCACCACCCCGACACCAACAAAGCCCCGCCUCCCGGCCUCACACCUGCCACAGGCCAUGGGGUUGCCGUGACAACAACAAAGGGCCAUCAAGCGGCAAUGCCGAGCAGACAUCCUCACACUGCCAUGAAAUUGUGGCAAGAUGACAGUGGCACAACAACAAAGGAGCGAACCUUGAAGACUGUCAGUUUCCAGGAAUCAGUCAGCAUCAUAACUGACGGACCACUCAUCAUGGAAGUGGAGAGCCAGCAGAUCCAGCAUGGCGGCCUCAGCAGACCCACUCACCAAGGCCUCAGCAGACCCACUGACCAAGGCCUCAGCAGACCCACUGACCAAGGCCUCAGCAGACCCACUGACCAAGGCCUCAGCAGACCCACUGACCAAGGCCUCAGCAGACCCACUGACCAAGGCCACAGUGACAGUGAGCUAGAACAGGAGAUUCGCUACCUGGACCAGGUGCUGGAUGCAGCCUCAGAAACACCCACCAAUGGAAGCUCCUCCCCCUCAUACACCACACCAGUUAGCAUUGAUGGAAAAUAUUCUUCUGUGAGUGUGUCCAAUUCAACUCCUGGAUAUCAGCAGCCAAUCACAGUGGAGGGGCCAAGACAAAGCACCUUCGUGCACCAGGACCACUUGGGGACAAAAACUAACGGACAUGUACCAAGGGAGGAAUCCAGCCACACCACUGCUAAGUUUGAGCUGAGAGCUUUUCAGGAAGACAAAAGGCCCGCAAAACUUUUUACUCCAGGAGAGGAGCAACAUGUCAGAGUGACCAGGAUACGGGAUUCCGAGGAGGUCCAUGAGUUGGAGCGUGAGCGCCAAGAGCUCAUCAAAGAUCAGGCGGUGAAGAAAAACCCUGGCAUUGCUCAGCGUUGGUGGAACCCUCCGCAAGAGGUUCCUUUGGAGGAGCAGCUGGACACGGAACAACUGGAGUCUCUGAAAAAGUACCAGGAGAGGAAACAACAGAAGCAUCAUCAAAG